AUGAUAAUCAUUUCAAGAGUAGCAGAAACAUCGAAAGUUAAAAAGUCGGCACGACCUGUCAAUGCAUUGAUUGUUGUUGAUGUUCAAAAUUGUUUUAUAAAUGGAAAUCUGUCAUUAUCAAAUGGUCCUGCUGGCCAAGACGGUGCUGAAGUGGUUCCUAUUAUAAAUAAUUUAAUUCGUACCAUUCCAUUUGAUGUUAUUGUUUACACACAGGAUUGGCAUCCAUGGAAUCAUAUAUCAUUUUUCGAAAAUCUUCACUUUCGCAGACAUUAUUUAGCAGGUGAUCAAAAUCGAACAAUAAAAAUGUUCGAUAAAGUAACAUAUCUCGGUCCGAAAUAUAAAACGAAGCAAGUUCUAUGGCCUGUACACUGCAUACAGGGAACAGAAGAUGCCGCAUUACAUAAGGAUCUCGAUGUUAUUUCAUCGUCAAAUAGAGUUGUUCAUAUAAGAAAAGGCAUUGAUCCCGAUGUUGACAAUUAUUCAGCAUUUGUUCAUAAUAAUGGAACUAAGAAUUCUGAAUUACACAAGAAGUUGAAAGAACGAAAUGUUAAACAAGUUUUUGUUGUUGGAUUGGCUACAGAUUAUUGUGUAGCAUCAACAGCUUUUGAUGCUUUCAAUUUGAAUUAUAGAACAUACGUUGUUCAAGAUGCGACUAGAGGUGUUUCCUUGCCAACGAUUAGAAGUCGAUUGAAUGCAUUACAACGAUAUGGAAUUCAUGUUAUUCAGAUGAAGAAACUAAAAAAAUUAAUCAAUAAAAUCAAUGACAAACAGAGAAAGUUGUUGAUAAAUCACGAACUAUGACCAACAUGAUAAAGAUUUAAUCAACUAUUAACUGUUCUUCAUAUUUGUUUCCGAAAUUGCAUGAAAAUCAAUAUUUCGACGAAAUUUUCUACGCUUUUAGUUUUUUAUAGAUAUUUGAAUAAUGAUUAGUUUCUUCGUUUUGGUUAAA